AAAAAUGGUACCAUGUGAUAUUUCUAGGUCAGUCUGACAUGAACAUUAAAGCUUAUAUACCAUGUGAUUUAUCAAGCUCCUUCCGGUCUAUCAGGAAACCACAGAGCAUGAGAAGAGACCUUUGUUGCUUCAACAGUAGCGGCAAACGACAAAUGAGAUCUUUUUCGGACAAAAUGGGGCUACAUGAUUUGCUUAUCUUUUGUAUAUUUUUUUCCAUUACACUGACCAUGACAGGAGCCGUUGAAUGUCAUCGGGUUCUUGAAUUUUGUCAACGAAACGAUCGCAACAUCCCUUCGUGUCUUGAAAGCACAAUGAGAAAUUGUCAGACUCCACGAAACGUUCCUCCUCCUGACCCAGACUUUUAUAUGAAAAACAUGCAUUUCUCAGAGGAGGCCAAACUGAAGACAAAGUAUGGGCAUGUAAUCCGUAUUCCCUCCGAAGCCAUCGUGAAAAGCGGUGGGAUGGAGAAUGUUAGUGUGUCUCUGAAGGUAUCAGUACUCAGCAACAGCAUUUUCCAGGCACCUUCUGUUCGAGGAUCUGUUCAUGGGAGGGUCUUAGGCGUGUGGCUUGGUGAACAAGAUCUCUACAACCUUUCUCAACCUGUUAAAAUGCAAUUUGUGAAUACCAGUCAAAAUGUGAGUGGGAAAUGUGUCUUCUGGAAGCAGUCAAAUAAUGCAGGUCUCUGGAGCAGUGAAGGAUGUAACACAAGCAGGAACAAUAUAGAUUUUGUCUGCAGUUGCAAUCACCUCAGUUUUUUUGCAGUGCUCAUUAAUCCCGGGAGUGUGCAAGACGCUGAAGAUGUUCACCGUCUUGAAUACAUUACAUACAUUGGGUCUUCUUUCUCUGUGCUAUUCACAGCUAUCGUCAUCAUAUUGUUUUUAAUUCAAAGGAAGAGGAAGUCAGAGCACUCUGUUGUCAUUCAUGUGCAGCUAUCAGGCUCACUAUUCCUGCUGCACCUCUUCUUUCUGGCCAGUACAUUGGGGUCAGGAACAGAAAAGAAGCCAGUAUGUCAGUGCCUUGGCCUCAUCUUACACUGGGCCCUACUAGCCACUUUCACAUGGACCGCUAUUGAAGGUUUCCACUUGUACCUACUCCUUGUGCGGGUCUUCAACAUCUACAUCAGAAGAUAUUUGCUCAAACUAAGCUUAGUGGGCUGGGGAUUUCCUAUAAUUACAGUGGUGAUCUGUGGACUGGCUGGUUCAUAUGGCAAAUACAGCUUAACAGAAAGUAACAACAAUGAAACAAAUCUCUGCUGGAUAACCGAUAAGACAGUGAGUUACAUAACAGUGAACACUUAUUUGGGGCUGGUGUUAGUCUUCAACACAGCGAUCAUGGUUCUGAUUGUGGUGAAGAUGUGGCAGUUAAAAUUACGAGGUGUCCAGACUGGGAGCAGAAUAAGAAGACUGUGGAAAGACUGGGCCACUAUGCUGGGGCUCAGCGUGAUUCUGGGACUCCCAUGGGGACUGGCCUUUAGCACCUAUGGACCCCUGAGUCUACCAGGGAUUUACCUCUUUACCACCCUAAAUGCUUUCCAAGGUGUUUUUGUAUUCCUGUGGUUCUUAUCAACCACAUGCAAGUCAACUCAUGAUGAGAGGACUUCAACAAAGGAUAUCUCCAUGAGUAAUUUCAGCUCAUGAUAGUGGAACAAAGCACUAAACCACAAUAGGUUGCAUUGAGAUGUAUUAGAUGAGGAUUUGUUAUGAGACAUUGAUGUACCUGAGAAUGUCUAACUUUAAUUCCAGUCUUUAAUUCAUAAAUCAAAAGUCAGUUAAAAAAACAAACUGAUGCUUUACAGUAUUCUGCAAAAACUUUAAUGUUUUAUGGAAAGUUAAAUGGAGAUGGAAACUUAGAUUUAUGUCUUCUGCAUAAGAGUGUCUGUAGAAAAGAGCAAAUUUUAGAUAUCUUUAAGUGAACACAACACUGUCUAUCUUCAAGUUAGGUCAACUGAUGACUAAUGGGCUAAAACCCAAGUGUCUAUCUGUUUUCUGGAAAUCAGCCAAUCGCUUUACAAUUUAGGACUUUGUAAUGUGUAGUUUGCAUGCCCAUUUAAAGAUGAUCUAAACUGUGAAAAUAAGAUAAUCGUUGUAUUAUUAUUAUUAUUAUUAUUAUUAUUAUUAUUAUUAUUACUGUUGUUGUUGUUGUGCAUAUGAAGCAAUCUAUAGCCUCUUUUCCAUAAGAGCAUAGUCUGUUCAUACAGUUUGAGCAGCAGAUCAACAGUGAAAACCAUUCAUGGCUUCUUUGAGGGACAUUUACCCUAAAAAAUCAAUAGGGUAUAAAUAGGGACAUUAUACCCUAGGAAUAUAAAUCACUUAGACAAGUGAUAUGUAAAAGGAUUAUAUCGAAUAUGUGCUGUUAUUUUUGUAAUGUUCACUGCAUUUACACCCUCCACUGUUAUAAGACUCGUAUUUUCAAGUGAUUUUACACUAAUUUUAUUUUAUUUCCCAGUUAAUAACAGGC